CGCAGAUGGUUGUUCGAUGCAGUUCGAUGUUCAUUUAGUUCGUUACCAUUCAUCGCUACGACAUUAGUAUAGAGUCGGAGGUGUUUGUGAUACGAUGCGCUAAAUAAACUGUCAAAAGCUGUGAGAUACUGUGGCAAUGAUUCGUCUGAAAAAUCGAGCUUCCAAUACGUAUUAGGACAUUUGAAUUGAAGGUGUUGCCGCUGAUACAGAGUGGUACAUCCGAAUCGGAGUAAAAUACCCGGAACCAUUUAUUAUUAUGUGAUCAAAUAUAUCAGAUAUUGUUAUACGCGAAGAUGUGGAACUUGAGCUGUGAGGUUUUCGCUUCUCUGUGCAUUGUAGCUGUGAUCUUGUCGCAGUUUGUUACAGAGGCCAAAAAAACGUGUUCAAUAAUUUCGUUAUUGCCAGACGAUGGAUGCAGCAAAAAUGAGACUUGCAAGCAAAUGAAUAAUCAAAUGGGCGAAUGUAUAUGUCUCCCAAAUUACCAAAGACUAAAUGACAAAUGUGUCUUAAUUCCAACAACAACAGAGUCUGUGAUUGACUCUAGUACCAUGAAAGAGGAAACUGGAGACAGUUCAGGGGGAGGAGUAACAGCAGGUCUUCUGAUACCGCUAUUCCUGAUCUUGUUAGGAGCACUUGUCUUUUUAAGUGCAAGAAGAUACAAAUGGGUUCAGCGGUUGAGACAGUACCGGCAAAACCGUUACGGCAAUGUUUUAGUUACUAGGGAUGAAGAUGAUGAUGAUCCUCCCAUUGUUUAGAAUAAUAAAUUUUAAGCUCAUUAGACUAAAGCGAGAGAAUGAUUCACUUCAAACUUUACACCACCGAGAAAUUUUCACCUUUGCUAUACAAACAUGAAUAAUAAUAAUGAUGAUGAUGACUAAGACGUCAAUGAUCAUGACAAUGGUGGUAGUGGUGAUAACACUAACGAUAAUACCAACAACAGAACAGUAACUAUCGUAUCGUUAAUUUAAUUUAUAUAUUUCAUUUUGGUUAAUCUGAGAUCUAGAUUUUCUUCUAAAUCAGAUUUUGACAUAAUAUAUCAUUGCCCAGAAUGAAAAAGAGUCAAUGGACAUAUUAUGUAAAUAUUUCACUGUAAAUUUCAAAACUGGUAAUUUACAAAACAUUUCUUCAAACAAGUGAUAGAAAAAAAUGACGUUAACUUCAUUACCAAUUACCAACGUAAAUUCAUUUAUUAUUAUUAUUAUUAUAUUUAUCUGUUGCUUUGAGUUUCGAGGUAUUGCAAUACAGAUAAGUUGAGAUGAGGUGAGGUGAGGUUUCAUUCUCCUGGUUUCUUUUUACAUUUUAUGUCUUUUUUUGCUUUCAUUGAUAUUAGGUAAGUUGGUCAGUAACCAUAUUACAAUAUUAUAAAGUUAUUAUAGUAACAACCAUACUUUAAAGUGAAUCCCAAUGAAUGGUAAAAAUAUCCUUGAGUGGCUUCUAAAUUUCAAACUAAUAGACACUGAAUAGUAUAGGUAACAGCAACGAAAUUGUAUAUUUUUUAUUUCAUGUAAGAGUCGACUAUUCGUGUCAUUUGUACGUCAAAAUGAUGUACACGCAAUAUAGCACUAUAAACAUUCUUUGUUCUUCCAUGCAAUUUAAGUGAUAGCAAAAUAGAAUCCGACUACAAGCAUAAUAUUGGAAAGAAUGAUUGGAUUGUUGUAAACUUCAAAUUAGUUAAGCUUCGAGUAGAAUAAAGCAAAGUCAGAGUAACUGAAUAAUUAGAACUGGGGCCAAAGCCUGUUAAGCGUCUUGUCUGAGAUAUAAAAGCAUAACGUAUAAUUUCGUAAGAGAUCAUAACAGAUGAAACGUCCUUUGUCCAAUUUCAUGCUCCUUCAAAUUAACUAGUAUUCUUGACUUUGUUACAAAGAAUUCCAAAAUUCCUGGUACACAAUCGCGAUAUAUACGUAGGUCAAGUAAUCUUGAAAGCAAAACAGCGUGACUAAGAUGUUUUUCUCAUACUAUCUUUUGGACAAUCUGUAGACUUAUCAAUGAUCAAUGAAUUAGUAAGAUAAGAUUUUUAUGAAAAGUUGUAGCAGGAUUUUUGGACGAUCUCAGAAUAAUACAAAUGAAAUAAGUGUAGAAAAGUUUUUUUUUAACAUAAAAAGACUUGUAUGAUAAUACCUAUAAUGAAGAACUGUAAAUAUUUCUUGCUAAUCAAACGCACUCUUGCCAAUUAGCUCAAGCAUAAUAUAUCGGUAAUUACCGACCGAUAAUAAGCAUUUAAUAUAUUCACGGGUUAUGGUUUCAAAAUAUGUAAUAAAGUAUACAACUUUCACUUGGUCAAAGUCUCAAGGAAUCCCCCGGAUGUCAUAAAAAAAAAGAUGGUUCAAGGACUUUGCUAUACGAUCAUAAGACCGAUGAUGUAAUGUUAUCGAUUUAUGUAAGACAUAUUUAAUUUUAGAUACCUAAUUCUUAAUACUUUUGCAUGAUCAUAUGCGUAUGUAGAAGCGCUUGUUGUGGUCAACUUGAUAAUUCUGUAAAAGUACGCACAAAUUAAGAAUUAAUUGACACUUGAAUACGUAUUAUUUUUAAACGGGAAUUAAAUGAGUAUUUUCCCCUCUUGUUUAUCAAUCUUCAAUCGACCAUACAGUCUGAAAUACACCGUUACAUGUAAGAGAAACUUUUGCCUUUUACGAAAUUACCUUUACUUAUUCAAACUGGUUUUAGCGCAAGCCCAGAGCCACCCGAAAGUCGUGGCCAUAGUUUCGAAACAUCUCCACAUAAAGUAUUCAAAUAUAGCGCUGUGUUAAAAGUUUUCAUAUACAGUAGCUGAAUUUAUGGUUUGAUCAAUUGCUUCACUUACAUUUAACUGCUCGAUUACUUUGGAAGAUGAGAGAAAAAGAAGUUAGAAUAACAGGAAGUGUAAGCUUUUCAAAUCAUAAAUAUUAGAAUGUUGAUCACGCAAAAAUAUUGUAAAUGCAUCAGGAUACCUAAUUUUUUGAAUAUAAGGUGUGAUUGAGUUGUAAAUAUUUUGAAAGAAAUAUAUUUUCAAACGAAAUAAAUAAACGUAUGCAAAAUAUGAUGAGGCACAAUUAUACAACUUCUCUGAUUAAUUUCACUUAAAAUCUUCAGAGACCUGUCUGAAAUUCCGGAAAAGGAUAAAUUAAGUCUUAUAAAAGAUAAAACCUGUCUUA